UGACUUGAGCUUAUGAAUCGCUGACGUGAGCAGCGGGAUUUUCCACAUUUUCCUCAAACUCCAUCCGCAAAAUGCAAUUGCUAUGGCAGCCGCGAAGUGUGCAAUGGAAAAUUGCAAUUAUAAUUAUCGCAUUAGUCCUCGACGUGUCGUGCAUAAGAAAUGGCAACGGUGAGGAAGAACAGAUAUCCGUGAAGCUGAAAAACUUCUUUCCCUCAGAAGAAGCUUCAGUUGCUCAGAGUUUUCCCGAAACCUCAGCCAGAGUGACAACGGGCGGAGGAUUUAGACCCUCCCAAAUGCUGGACUUCACGCCCUCGGACGUGAUGCCCCAGUCUGGAUACACCCGAUAUCCGCCGAGCUAUUUGGAACCGAACUACAAGCACGAACUUCCAAGUUCUCCGGGACAGCAGGUGGCAUUGGACAAGCAGUUCUCCUUUCCCCAGGAGUCGCACUCGCUGUUUCAGAGCACACCGCUGCCCACAACGCCGGUAGUUAGCUACCUGGAUCCGUACACCCAGCAGAACUACGGCUACACACCCACGCCGCCUCCUAUAAUUCAAUAUCAACGUGAGCAGCCAGUCCAAGAUGAUCAGGUCUAUACCGUGCAAUCUUCCCUGCUGGUGGGGAGUCACCAACCGAACCACCAGCAGCAGCAACAGCAGCAGCAUCCUGGCCACGUGGAGGAUGUAUAUCUAAAGCGACCUGGCUACGUCUUCGACGAAAGCCCCGCCCCCUCGUAUCGACGCCCCACAAGGCCGCCGCCCUCGCUGCCACCACCACCCACCACCGCCGCUCACAAAAUCUCCUAUGAUAGCCAUGAUUACCCACCGCCCAGCUAUGCGGCCGAGCAAACUUCCAAUUUUGUGCCCCAGCAGCCAAAGCAGCGACCGCUGUACCAACGCCAAGACAUCAAGCCAAAUCGAGGGGGAGCAGCAGGAUUAGGAGCAGCAAGUGGAGCAGGUGGAGCAGGUGGAGUGCCACCUCCAGGCUCGUCUAAUUAUGCAAACAACUUCGAUAAUUAUUCGCAGCGGCCAAACCCACAGCAGGCACAAAUACAGCAUCCAAACCAGAUUCAGCCGCAGUUUGGAAACUAUCAGUACUACCCCCAGAACGGAGGAGCAGGAGGUCCUGCGACAGGACCACCCCAGCGGCCCAGACCAGGACACAAUUACUACGAGUACCAAAUUGGCGAGAUACCACCACCGCAGUCCCAGCACUUCCAGCAGCCGCAGCAGCAGCAGCAGCAGUUCAACUAUCGUCCUGCCACUCAGUCACCGGCUGGUGGCUCCGGCGGCGGAGUGGGCGGCGGAUUGGCCACCCUGGCCUCGCUGUACGCACCACAAUUUACGAAUCUCCUCCUGGGCGGCGGCGGUGGCUCCUCCUCCUCCUCACCCUCCGCGUCCUCGCAGUCGUCCAGCCCAUUAGGCAGUCUCCUCGGCGCUUUCGCCGGCACGCAAGGCGGAGCAGGACAGCAAUCCGGUGGACUGUUGGGGGGAGCAAGUCGACCGCCCAACACACAGCUCAUUAGGGCACUGGAGAACAUCGCUCGCAACGACGAUUUGCAGUGCGUGCCCAAGGUGCUCUGCCAGAUGAUUGCCGGUCAAACGUUACGUGGCCAAUUGCCCGGAUUCGUUACCUCCCCGGCCAUAACCAAUUUUCUCGCUGGCUUUCCAGUGGCAUCACCUGCUCUCAUUUACGGAAGAGCUGCCCUUCUUGGAUUGAGUGGUGGAGAGAAAAGCUGCAUUCAGACCUACGUAAAAUGUCCCAAAAAUGAUAUGGAAAUCAUUCAUUAUUUAAACAACCAUCGCGGCGGAUUUUUCAAGUUCUUCAGUGAGCCAGAGGAAAAACCAGUGGCCUCCCAGCAAGCAGAAGGCGAGUCGGGAUCCCUAUUUAGCAUUCUUUCUGCGUUGACAGGAGGUGGUGGAGGUCAAAGUUACACCACCCCACGACCAGCACCGCGUCCCACCAAACGUCCUUCCACGGAUAUAACCAGUGGAAUUGGAAGCUUUUUCACCCAGGUGCUAUCCGAAUACCUAAACGGAGUGGAGUACCAGCGGAGGAGAAGGAGGAGCAUCGAUUUGGAUGACGACUUCCAUGACGAAGAGGACAACCUGGACACCCAAACGAGUCAGCUGGUGAAGUUUCAGGACGAUGAAGAGGAGGAAGCUGCCAAAGCGCACACAGAACUCAUAGGAGUCCUUCAGUUUCCCGAGGAUGGAGGAGAAAGUCGGGUGGUUAACUUCAAGGACAUUCAAAGCGAGGAACAACUCGAAGAAGGAUCUAUCCGGUUUCCGGAUGCCACACCAGCGGAUGUAAUCCGGGAGUUUAACCGGGAUGCUGCGCAACGAAAACUGAAAUUUCCGGUAGACCGCGAUGAACCAUCUGAAAAUGUUCGACGUGGCAAGGAAUUAUCAUUCAUGGAUGGAUGGAAAGUUGUGCUUCCCAAUGGCCUCUCACAAUCGGACUUGGGCGUGGACAAGCGCAGAGGGAAGAGGAUUGUGUUUAGGGACACCAACGAACAUCUGGACGAGCAGAGGCUGGAAGAGGAAAGGAUCAGAGAGGAGGAAUUGUUCAGAGAAGCUGAACUGAGGGAGGCAAGAAUCCUGGAGGAGCAAAUCAGGGAACAACAAAUCAAGGAAGAACUGAUCCGGGAAGAUCAAAUCAAGGAACAACAGUACCUAGAUGAACAACUCCGGGAAGAGGAAGUUCGCAGGGAGAAACUUCGGGAAGAUAAAAUCCGCAGGGAACAGGCUCAGAUUCUGCGCAUUCGCGAGGCGCAAUAUAACCAACAGUCCUUUAAGGAUGAGAGUCCCGUUCCAAAUGCGGUUUACGAUGAUGCAGCUCCUCCGCAGCGAGGAGCUCGUGUUAUCUUCCCCGAUCACUAUGAACAGCACAUUCGCAAGGGCAAGAUCCUGAAUCGGCCCACCUAUGCACCCACCUAUGAAUACAAUGAGGUUGGGGAGCCCAAGGAGGAUCGCUUCAUGGUGAGCGAUGAGCAUAGGCCCCACAACCACUACCGAUUGGAGGGUGGCUUCAACACCCUGAACUACGGAGAAUAUAUGCCGGGAAACACGGUUCGCUUCGAGAAUCCCACAAACGAGAGACCCCAAUACAACUAUCCCAAUGCAAACUACAUCAGCGAUAAUCGUUACGGCAGCAGUCAAAAUAAGAAGCCCCAGUACGAAGAUGACAAAAAUAUUUAUGUUACCAACUCGCAGGGAGUAAACGAGUACUACAUACGCCCAGAUGGCAGUAAGGUGUAUCUUAAAACUGGUUAG